CUGACAGCACGAUCGCUGCCUUCCAUACAGUCUGACGAGAGGCUCCAACCUCUGCUUAAUCACCUCAGCCAUUCUUAUGUUGGCCCAGAUUACAGUGUCCAAAAGAAUACUGGAAAAAUUAAUCUGGAACAGAUCGAUGGUCUUUCUGUGAAAUCAUUCCCUCUUUGCAUGCGCCAGUUGCACAAAGCCCUACGUGAUAACCAUCAUCUCCGUCAUGGAGGCCGUAUGCAAUAUGGACUGUUCUUAAAAGGCAUUGGCUUGACUCUGGAACAAGCACUGGAAUUUUGGAAGAAAGAAUUUAUCAGAGGAAAAGUGGAUGCAGACAAGUUUGACAAAGGAUAUGCUUAUAGCAUUCGCCACAGCUAUGGGAAAGAAGGAAGGAGAACUGAUUAUACCCCAUACAGCUGCAUGAAGAUUAUCAUGUCCAAUCCACCAGGUCAAGGGGAUUAUCAUGGGUGCCCAUUCCGCCACAGUGAUCCUGAGCUAUUGAAGCAGAAGCUGCAGUCAUACAAGAUCCCUCCCAGUGGAAUAACUCAA